AUCGCGUCGGCAUCGAUCCUGUUCAAUAACUUCGCUUUUCAACGGCAGCUCAGACCGCGGUGCAGCAUCAAUCAAGCAUUUUUCAGGCUCACCAGGGCUUACCACGCCGAUUUUAGAUACCCUAACUCCUCCCGAUAUCUACAUCUGGGAAGAUCUUGCCACCCGGCAACUGACGCGCCUCUGUUUGUUGCCUUUUGAACAAUUCUUCUCGUAGUUGCCUUCGGCAUCCCCCCCAAAAAAAAACCCCAGCCUCCCCGAACCUCGUGGCUGAUAUUUCGCAUUUCUUCUCCUCCUUAUCAUCCCAGCAGGACAAAGCCCACGACAUUUGUUCACACCAGACCGAGCGACGCGAAUUCCUCAAAUGCGACGGGCAGGCGUUUUAUGAGACGCUGGUCUACUCCACCUAGAGGCGGCUAUCUCCAAGCAGUCAUGGCAUUCAGCUUUGGCAAUGCGUCCAGCGCCCUGACGGGCGCAACCCAAGGAGCCGGAUCGGCAGCGGCGGGGGGAGCUGCAGGCUCGACGACACAAGGGCCCGAUCUCGAGCUUAUCCAAACAGAAAACCUGGGCUUUCUCUCGCUCGCGGGCGAUGCCAGAGUCCAGCUGACGGCCAAAUGGGCCGAUCAGCCCGCGCCGACCGCGUCGCUGAUAAGCAUCGCCUCGAGGAAGGGCCUCGUGGCUGCCGCCGGUCCAGAUGCUGUCCAUAUUGCGACGACAGAAUCCGUACGGAAGGCGUUUGAGGCGGCCAAGGUUGGCGACAGCGAGGUGCGGCCGUUCGAGCCGCAGGCAAAACUCUCGCUGCCAAUGAGGAUAUCACAACUCGCAUUCACAUGCGAUGAGCAAUACCUCAUCAUAUCUGCCGAAUCGGGUGGCGGGCUGGCGGUAUACGAUGUCCAGUCUGUAUCACAAGGAUCGACCCAGCCGGCGAUGGAGAUCUCUACUAGCGGCGAGUCUCUGCGCACGCUUCUUCCGAACCCAAAUCCAGACAUGGCCGAGCUUGUACUGGCUGUUACAAAUAACGGCAACUUGCUCGUGGCGAAUCUGAAGCAACGGGGCUUGGCAUCGGGCCCUAACGGUCCUGUGAUGAAGGCGGGCGUAUCGAGUGCAGCUUGGAGUACCAAAGGCAAACAGCUUGUGGCAGGUCUUGCCGAUGGAACGCUCGAACAGUUGACCCCAGACGGGAUCAGCAAGGCAAACAUACCAAAACCGGGCGGUCUUGAUAAUCAUCAUGUUGCUUCCGUUGCAUGGCUGGAAAAUAAUGUGUUUCUCGUCGUUCACAACGUGACAAACGGAGAUGGGCCGUCAACUUACCAUAUUAUUACAAGGCACCAGGAGAAGGGAAGUCCGGCGAGUUACGUUUUUCAAAAGCUAACGGACCCGGUUGAACCUUUCGGGUCCGAUAAGAAGCCUCACCACACAGUAUUGAGACUCAAGGACUUCCCGCCUGACCUCCAAGACGUCCUCCUCGUCUCGUCCACCUGUAGAGAGGCUAUCGGGCUCUUGACGAGAUCAAAAGCUCCACUCACCUCCACUGUUCCUGCCGACAAGAUCACCAACGUCUUCACUACAACAGAGUUUGCUGAUGACACGAAACGGGCAGAGUUGCCGAUGGGCGAAGACUAUAUGGACACUUUCCCCAUUGGUAUGGCUCUUGAUCUAUCCAGCAAGGACAAGGUAUACAAGCCCAUCCCAACAGACGAGAUGGAUGAGUCUCCAGGACCCCUUCCCGGUCUGUGGGCUUUGAACAACGAGGGUGUCCUGUCAGUUUGGUGGAUUGUCUACAACGAAUCUAUCCGACAGGGCACUACAUACCCUGGUAUGGCAGCGGCUCAAAGUACGAAUGGUGCUGCUGCCCCCGCUGCCACUCCCGCCCCCGCGACCACAUCCGCCUUUGGGGCAUCAACUCCGGGUCCUAGCUUCGGAGGUUCCUCUGCGCUCGGCGCAAAGCCAUCUCCAUGGGGCUCAUCUUCAGCUGCCACUCCUUCUGCCGCCCCGGCAUUCGGUAAGACUGCAUUUGGAAGCGCGGGGGGAGACAGUGGAAAGUCCGCAUUUGGAUCACCGGCAUUUGGGUCUACAUCAGCCCUUGGAAGCAGUUCAACCACUUCUGCAUUUGGCUCUACUUCAACGCUUGGCAGCUCUUCCGCCACUCCUGCAUUUGGCUCCACGUCAACGCUUGGAGGCGCAUCUGUCUCGCCUGCGUUCGGACAGUCUUCGGCACUCGGUGGUGGUAUGGGGGCCAAGUCGUCCCCAUGGGCUACCGGAGGCACCUCGGCGGCAACACCUGCCUUUGGACAGACGGGGCUUGGCUCCACUCCGUCUGGCGGAACUGGUAAGAUCUUUGGCGGUGGAGCUUCUUCUACUCCAGCCAGUGGCAGUGGGUUCUCAGCAUUUGCCAAUAAGGGUGGCUUUGGCUCACUUGCCAGUGGCGGCGGUGAUAAUAACAGCGGUAGCAUCUUUGGAGCUGGAAAACCAUCAGGUUCUUUCGCUUCCACCUCACAAGACACGGGCAUGAACCAAUCUACCUCCUUCCCUCCUCCAGCCUCUAAGACGAGCUCGACGCCAUUUGGAUCAUCGCCCUUUGUGUUGGGCACAACCUUCAAGGCAGACCCCAAGACGGCCAAUGACAACGAAAAGCCGGCUACCUCGGGUGGUGGCUCCUCAUUGUUUGGCUCAGGAUUCGGUCUCACGCUUGGAGACACAGCCAAGACACCGGCCACAGAGGAGAGCAAAGAUGCCGAUAUGGAAGCCGAAACCCCAGCAGCAGUCACCCCAGCAGCCGUGGAGAAGCCCACCAGCAUAUUCUCGUCUACCCCCAAUUCAUCAGUGUUUGGUGCUCCGACCAUAUCUGGAGCUCAGGGUGACAAACCCAACCCAUUUGGGGCACCGUCCGAGCAGGCAAAGCCCUCUCCCCCCGCGGCAGCUGACAAGCCCAACCCAUUCGCUGGUUCCAGUAACAAAACUGGCUUGUUUGGUUCUGGGACGACGUCACUCUUUGGGUCUAAGAAACCCGACGAGGCGCCAAAAUCGAUAUUCGCCAAGCCCGAUGCCACCCCAGCUUCAGAGAAGAAGAACCCAUUCGGAACUUUUGGACAAUCAACAACCCCAAGCUCUUCGCCGGCGCCUAGCAAGAUUUUCGGUAAUCCAACAUCCACAGGAAGCAUUUUUGGCAACAAGCCAGCUCCAGGAGGCACAAGCAGUAUCUUUGGUGCCCCAACGCAAACCUCUUCAAUAUUUUCCUCAGCCAAGAAAACCGAUGCGGCACCGUCAACACCGGAUAAGAAAGCUGCCGAGACCAGCCUGCCAUUACCACCGGAAUCAACCAAAUCCUCAAACAGCGAGAUAUCAGCGACACCUGAUGAUGCACCGCUACCGCCAGACCCGGUCAAGGAGAAAUCCAAGUACAAUAUGGCAGAUCUCAAAUUACCCCCGGGCGUUGUGUCUACGGACGACAAGCCAAAGCCAUCGACCUCAAGCGGUACAUUGCCCAAGUUCUCUUUCAAGGAUGAGGGAGCGACAGAGCAACCCGUCCCAAGCAGUGACGAAGAAGAUGAGCUCUCAGAAGAAGAAGACGAAGAACAGGAAGGUGAUGAAGAUGAUCAAGGAUCUGCUCCCGAUAGCGAAGGCAGUGGUGUCGAUGUGACCAAGGACCUUAGUCCACCAGGCUACACUCCGCAGAGCUCAUUCGGUGGCGCCGGAGGUGGGAUUUUCUCACACACACCGGCCGACGAACCACGGCCAGGAUCGCGCCUCUUGUUUGGCGAGAUGAGCCGCAACGCUCCCCUCUUCCCACAGCCCUUAGCCACGAGCCCCAGGUCACCGAGUCCAGUCCGCGGUGCUGUACCACCUAGAGUCAUGAGAUCCGACUCUGUUCGGUCGGUUAGUGCGCCUGGCGCCGGUAUGGCAUCAUCCAUGGCAUCAUCAAUCUUGGGGAGGAGCAAGGGCAACUUUGGGAUUAGUGGCAUGGCGCGCCAACAUCCUGGUCGUCACACGCCAGACCCGAAUGUGGAGGAGCAGCGGAGAUCACAGGCGAGGAGAGAGGCGGAUGAAGCACAAGUCCUGCACGAUCAGGAGGACGGCUGGAAGCAAGAUCUGUUGAACGCUCCACCACAGCCGACGCUCGAGCUUGCAGAGUUCACGCCAAACAUUGGCAGUGCUCCGGAGGCUGGUAGGACGGUUCCCGCCCAAGCAGAAGCCAUGUACCGUGAUAUCAACCGCAUGGUGGACACGCUUGGUUUGAAUGCUCGCCACCUCAAGGAAUACAUCCUUGGUCAUAUGGGCAAGCUUCGAGCUCCGGGAACGCCGCCCAAGACCAGCGAAGACUUGGAGAUUCCAGACGACUGGAUCCUUUGCGAUGCCGAAAACGUUGGGACUGUAUUGGACCAGGAGUUGCGUGUGGAGCUCGAGGAUGGCCGGGUUAAGAAUACGGACGAAGUCCUCGAGGCCUGCCAAGAGUUGAGCAGGGGACUGGCCCGGCUGCGAAUCAAGGAGAUGGAUAUUAAGAAAACCAUCAUGUCUCGCAUAGACCCCAGCCAGGCCGAUGCUUUGCGAUCUCUUCCGCUCAGUGCCGAACAGGCAGCACAGCAAGCCGAUCUUAGGAAGCAAUUUACAAGCUUCUCCAAGCUUCUGGCUGAGGCCGAAGAAUCGCUGACUAUGCUACGCGCCAAGAUGGCAACGGCUGGCGGUCUCGACGGCCGGAGGAAUGGAUCGGUCGGGGGGGCCGGUUCGGGCGCCAAUGGAGUGCCGACGGUCGAUGCUGUCCUGCGUACCAUCAUGAAAAUGACGAGCAUGGCUGAGAAGCGCAGCGGCGAUGUGGACGUGCUGGAGAAUCAGUUGCGUAAACUCCGCCUGCAGCAAGGACUCGGCGGCACUGCCAACGGCAGCCGGGAGAACUCACCCUUCUCGACCCCGCAGAAACACCAGCAUCGUCUUUCGCGGUCCGUCUUCAGCCCGGGGGCGUCUUCCCUCAUGGGCGCAUCUAUGGCGCUGACGUCGUCAGUGGCCUCGUACAAUGGCAGCCCCGCCCGGUCAGUGACCAACUCUCCCCGCAAGAAGCUCAGCGGCUACAGCGACGAUGACAAGAAGCACAUCCGCGCCCGUCUGGGAAAGCGUUCGGCGGCGAUCACCAAGCUGCGGGAUAGCGUGGAGAAGGCCGGGCCAAACGUCUGGCGUAUGACCGAUGAAGAUUAGCAGACUAGACCUGUGCCGAUUAUUUUGGUCGAUCAACCUUCACCAUUUGGAUCGCUUCGAUUGCUGCGUACUUGGAGCUGGGAGAAUGGCGCCUGAGCCAUCAUCUCACAUGGGACCGGAUGAUUCUAAGGGGUAGCCAGUGCAACCAAGCACCGGGGGUUUUACUUUUGGUUUUAUUUUUUAUUUUUUUUGGGGAGGAUAUUAUGCUUUGAAAGGUGUAUGUAGGUGAUGUGUCGGGGUCUGCAUUUUCUACCACCACUUUCUAAAACAGAGGUCGCAAGACUAUUAAUGAGCGGCCCCUGUAAUGAUGACGAGAAUGGGAUCAGUCAAAUGGUUGUAUGGUUUCUCGGCCAGUCCCUCCUCGUGUAUCAUAUCAGUAUCCGGUACAGCGCGGGAUUGGCCUCAUGGAGCAGGAUCAACAUUAGUUAAGAUUAGUCCCGUACUAGAUAGACCUAGUUUAGCAAAAUAUUGCGUUGAGAGCAGAACAAAAU